CAAUAGCAGUAGCAGCAUCAGCAGGAGCAACAGUAGCAUCAGCAGCAUCAGUCCGGUGAUGGAUAUGGCACGGCAGGCGCGGCUGAGCGGUGUCUAGCAUGGCAUGGCCAGCACCAUGAUCCACGCACGCCCAUUGGUGCUCACCUGGAUGGCUUUGUGUGUGUGCGGCGGGGUCCAGCGGGCCGAAGGGAAACCGACCGAGGAGCGCAUCUAUCCGGAGAACAUCACCAAGAUUCUGGACGGGUUGCUGCACGGAUACGACAACCGCCUACGGCCGGGAUUCGGAGGCCCCGUCAUGGAGGUCAAGACCGACAUCUACGUGACGAGCUUUGGGCCGGUGUCCGACGUUAAAAUGGACUACACCAUGGACGUGUUCUUCCGCCAAACGUGGGUGGACGAGCGGCUGGAGUUCAAGGGCCCCAUCGAGAUCCUGCGGCUCAACAACCUCAUGGUCAACCGCAUCUGGACGCCCGACACGUACUUCCGCAACGGCAAGACGUCCAUCGCGCACAACAUGACGGCCCCCAACAAGCUGCUGCGCAUCAUGCAGAACGGAACGAUCCUCUACACCAUGCGGCUGACGAUCAACGCCGAGUGCCCGAUGCGCCUCAUGGACUUCCCCAUGGACGGACACGCCUGCCCGCUCAAGUUCGGAAGCUAUGCCUACCCCAACAGCGAGGUCCUCUACAGCUGGACCAAGGGCGCCAACAAGUCGGUGGAGAUCCCUCGCGAGUCGUCCAGCCUGCUGCAGUACGACCUGGAGAGACACACGGCCGCCAGCGAGCUUAUCAAGACCAACACGGGCGACUACGUGGUCAUGACCGUGUACUUCCACCUCAAGCGCAAGAUGGGCUACUUCAUAAUCCAGACGUACAUCCCGUGCAUCCUGACCGUCAUCCUCUCGCAGGUCUCCUUCUGGAUCAACAAGGAGUCGGUGCCGGCCCGGACCGUGUUCGGUAUCACCACGGUGCUCACCAUGACGACGCAGAGCAUCAGCGCGCGCGGCUCGCUGCCCAAGGUCUCCUACGCCACCGCCAUGGACUGGUUCAUCGCUGUGUGCUUCGCCUUCGUCUUCUCGGCGCUCGUCGAGUUCGCCGCCGUCAACUACUUCACCAACGUGCACGCCGAGCGCGCCGUCAAGAGGGCGGCGAGGAUGGCCGCUGCCGUCGCCGCCGCCGCCGAGGCGGCGGCGGCGGCGGCGGAGAGUCGCCCGGAGCCAUCGCCGGGCCCGGACGUGGCCCGGGAGCGUGACCGGAGCCCUCCGCCGGCGCUGGCUGCCUGCCCCCGCAACGAGGUGCUCUCGAGCCCCGACCAGAACUGCACGCUGAAGAAGAGGAUGAACGUGGCGACUCAGUACCGGGAGGAGGCCACGAGCCCCCGCCGGUACCACGGCGGCGAAGCGGCGGCGGCGAACCGGACCCCAGUGCCGCCCUCGCCCAGCCAGGCCCCGUGCCUCAAGGCCUUCUCCUUGCUGCUGCCACCACCACCGCCACUGCAGCAGCAGCAGCAGCAGCAACAGCAACAACAACAACCACCGCAGCAGCAACAACAAACGCCGGCUCCCCCACCGCCGCCGCCGCCGCCGCCGCCCAACAACGGAACGAGCAAAAUCGACAAAUACGCACGGAUACUGUUCCCCGUGUCAUUUGCGGUGUUCAACAUGGUCUACUGGGUCGUCUAUCUGUCCAAGGACACGAUGGAGAAGAUCGAGCUGUGAGGGUCGCCGCGUUCCCCGUCCGUCGCCCGUUCCAAUCGAGCCACGAGCCAUCCGCUGCUGGAUGAGGCGGCGGUUGUUGGCGUGGUGUGGCCUGGAGCUCGGGUGCCAUGAAUUCCCUCGACUGUUCCCAAUUAUGCACCCGCCCACUGUUCCUAGCAAUAGGGCCCCCACACUGCCCGUGGGCCCCCACACUGCCCCGUGGGCCCCCACACUGCCCAUGGGCCCUCACACUGCCCCGUGGGCCCC